AAACAUCAACUCAAGAAGAUAAUAUAUAAUUCAAAAUGGCUAGAGGACCAAAGAAACAUCUUAAAAGACUUGCAGCUCCAAACCAUUGGAUGUUGGACAAAUUAAGUGGUACUUAUGCUCCACGUCCAUCCCAAGGUCCACACAAAUUAGGUGAAUCUUUACCAUUGGUUGUUUUCUUAAGAAACAGAUUAAAAUACGCUUUAAAUGGUCGUGAAGUCAAAGCUAUUUUAAUGCAACGUCAUGUUAAAGUUGAUGGCAAAGUCAGAACUGACACCACCUUCCCAGCUGGUUUCAUGGAUGUCAUUAGUUUAAAUGCUACCAACGAAAACUUCCGUUUAGUUUACGAUGUUAAAGGUAGAUUUGCUGUUCACCGUAUCAGUGAUGAUGAAGCUUCUUACAAAUUAGCUAAAGUCAAAAAAGUCCAAUUAGGUAAAAAAGGUAUCCCAUACGUUGUUACCCACGAUGGCAGAACCAUUCGUUACCCAGAUCCAUCUGUUAGAGUUAACGACACUGUCAAAAUUAACUUGGCUACUGGAAAAAUUGACGACUUCUUAAAAUUCGAUACUGGUAAAUUAAUUAUGGUCACUGGUGGUCGUAACAUGGGAAGAGUUGGUGUUAUCACUCACCGUGAAAGACAUGAAGGUGGUUUCGAUAUAGUUCACAUUAAAGAUUCUUUAGAUAAUACUUUUGCUACUCGUUUAACCAACGUUUUUAUCAUUGGUGAUGCUGGAAAGCCAUGGAUCUCAUUACCAAAAGGAAAGGGUAUCAAAUUAACUAUUGCUGAAGAACGUGAUCGUCGUCGUGCUCAACAAGAUUUAUAAAUAAAAUGAUUUCAUUUUUUUAAUGUUAUGUUUUAUUUAAUUAAUAUUAUAUUAUUGUAUUAAAUAUGUAAAAAAAAUUCAUAAAAUCAUAAAUCUCCCUAGAACUCUAUAACUACGACCAAUUUUCAUGCUAUUAGUUUUGCUGCGUUCCCCUAGUAGUUCUUUCUCAUGCCCCUUCGUUCUUCUUAUAAUCAUGAUCUCUAUAGCUCGCAUCGCUGUUGGUAAUUG